AUGGCAACGUUGAUAAAAGAUAUCAGUCUUCAGGAAGCCAUUCCCACACGAAUUAUAUUUGAAAAACAUAUAGAAUUCAUCAAAGAAUAUGGCCAAAAAGAUAAUAGUUAUGAAUAUGGUAUGACUGACUACCUUCGUGUGUCUGGUAUGUACUGGGGCCUUACUGCCUUGGAACUAGUUAAUAGUCUACCACCACAAUUUGAAUUUGUAGAGUAUAUUAAAAAGUGUCAGGAUCCAAGCAGUGGAGGAAUAAGUGCUUGUUUGAAACAUGACCCUCAUAUAUUACACACCCUCAGUGCAGUCCAAAUACUUUGUAUUUAUAAUUAUCUUGAUGCAAUAGAUGUUGAUGGAGUUGUGAGAUAUAUAAAAAGCCUACAACAGCAGGAUGGUAGCUUCAUGGGAGACAAAUGGGGAGAGAUUGAUACUAGAUUUUCUUUCUGUGCAGUUGCUACACUAUCAUUAUUAAAUAGGAUGGAUGCUAUAGAUGUUAAUAAGGCAGUAGACUUUGUAGCAUCUUGCAAAAAUUUUGAUGGAGGAUUUGGUUCAAGACCCUUAUCUGAGAGCCAUGCUGGAUUAAUAUAUUGUUGUGUUGGCUUUUUGUCAAUAACCAACAGAUUAGAUAUUGUUGAUCGUGAUACUUUAGCUUGGUGGCUCUGUGAACGUCAGCUUCCAUCAGGUGGAUUGAAUGGCAGACCAGAAAAGCUACCUGAUGUUUGUUAUUCUUGGUGGGUUCUCUCAACCCUCACUAUUUUGGGGAGGCUACAUUGGAUAGAUCAAGAUUCCCUGAAAAACUUCAUUUUGGCUUGUCAAGAUACAGAAACAGGUGGAUUUGCUGACAGACCCGGAGAUAUUGCUGAUCCAUUCCAUACUCUUUUUGGACUAGCUGCUAUGUCACUUCUUGGCCAUGAAUCAAUUCAGAAAGUUAAUCCUACUUUCUGCAUGCCACAGCAUGUUAUUGAUAGGCUUCAACUUAAGCCACAAAUAUUUAUUGAUUGA